CCUGCAAAAAUACGAAACAAAUUCCAUUUGUCGACACGUUAAUGGCUAGAAAAAUACCAGAUCCCGGCGAGUGGAACAUCCAGCCAGCGCGAGGACAACUGGAUGUUUCUCUGGGCUGCACCAGAAAAGCCCCGGCUCGCCUGCGUGACGCGCUCUCUCCCCAGGUCUCCCUGGGAUCCGUGUUUUGCAUCGUUCCCCUAUUUGCAUUUCUCAGUCAGAUUUUCCGAGCGACGGUCCAGCCGCUCGAAACCAACGGGCGUAUCACUGCUGUUCUACAAGCGACUUCAUUUCCAAAGAAAUACGCACGGAAACCGUUGGAAAUUUUGAAUAAUGUUGCCGAAUCUUGGCGAAGGGGGAAAUUGAGGAAAUUCUUUUUAAUCGCGUUUUGUUGCGCAUCAACGGAGACACGUGCCUUCGAGGUAAACAGAAAGGGCUCGCUAGAUCGUGUCAGCACGUUUAAUUUGUUUUCUCUGGUUUAUUUACCACAAAAGGGCUAGACGUCAAGACAUCUAUUUGCCUUUGUGCGCCUUGGUAGUAAAGACGCCGUUGGAAAUGUCGGAAGUGCUGCCUUUCAACGAAGAAAAAAUGAGUCAUUAUGGAAAUGAAGGCGACGAGGGACACCUUUCCUUCACCUGUCGCCUUCAAGACACCAACAACUUCUUCAGUGGCUCACAGAAUGGCAAACGCCCGCCGAAACUUGGACAAAUAGGCAGGAGCAAACGGGUUGUGAUCGAGGACGAGAACGUCGACGACACACAGAAAGAUGUACCAGAGAAGACCCCUCCAGAGGCUUAAACCAUGAUCCCCCUCAUACACACCCUUUCUUAAACCAUGACUCCCCCAUCCUCACACACACACACUUUCUUAAACCAUUACCCCCCCCCCCCCACCCCUCCAUCUCUCACACACACUCUCCCUGAAUAGACAUUAUAAUUUUUUAUUCGAUAUUAACAGUUUUAAUCCAAAGACACUGUAUAUAAGCACUUUCAUGCGGCAGCAAGCACUUCCAGACCUCCCGGUUGUGACGGUGGCCUGGUGGAGCAGAUGGGAGGAGGUGGCGGAGGGAUACCCGGGUGGCGGAGGGAUACCCGGGUGGCGGAGGGAUACCCGGGUGGCGGAGGGAUACCCGGGUGGCGGAGGGAUACCCGGGUGGGCGACUCAACCACACCGUCUCCAAACACCUCCAGAACACCUGAAGAACACAGAGGAAAGGGUUCCUGCAGUGGAGGGAAACUCAGCUACACAUAGUCAGGAAGAGGAUAGAUAGAAUAUGAAACGUUCGAUACUAAAGCACACACUAUCAAUCAAACCAUGUUACCAUGUUUUUCUGCCCUUGACUUUGACGAGUGCAAUUCAAUACGACAUAACCAAGUUUGUAAAUAUUGAAACAGUAGCCCACAUUUCCUUGCACAAGUGGAAAACAGCAAAAUGGUUAGUCACAAGCCGUCUGUAUAGAAGACAAUAUUUAUUGAUCCUUGGGAUACAUCUUUUUGCAGUACUCAAGGUCUGAGAGCGUGUGUUUUGUAUGUGGAGAAUGAAAGUGGAUUUUCCUUUUUUUACUUAUGAAUUUUGAUGUUGCCUGAGUGUUCUGUUACCAUCCUGUAGAGUGGUUUAUAUUCUGUACGACAGGAUGGUUUAUAUACUGUAUGUCAGGAUGGUUUAUAUACUGUAUGUCAGGAUGGUAAGCUUCCAAGGCCCAGGCCUGGACUGAAACUGUAUACACCCUGUUGAUAAAACUAUUUAUAUUGCAUUGCAUAUUAUCGUGUGUGCCAAAUAUCUUAGGGAGAUAUACCUGCAACUUGUUCUUUUGUGCUUUCUAUACAUUUACUGUACACUUUAUUUGUUUGGGUGCAUUGCCAUUUUUCAGGGCUCUUUCUUAACACACUAAAGUACCAGCUCAUGCAUGGCAAAAAAAACCUACUGGGAUCAUGCAUGCACAGCAAAGCGUUCUGAAAACCUUGUAUACAGCUUUGAAUGACUUCAUACUGAGUACUGUACCUAUUCACUGAUUUGUACAGUAGCCUAAUAUCUUGUAAUAAAGAUUCUGAAGACGUUA